UCUGCAGAUUGAAUUCGCCAUGUACUGUAUGUCUGAAUUCUUUCGUGACUGGCACGCGUCCGAGAAUGGGACGUUCAGUCGUGUAACUCAACAACGAUCAUUCUAGUUUGGACCCGUUUUUUGCUUUAGUUUUUUUUUUUUUUUUUUUUUUUUUAAUUACUGUCAUUUGUCAUUUUUUUAUCGCCAGCUCCGGAACGGAUUUACAAAGCCUCUCUUCUGAGCCCGCAAUGAGAUUCAACACUUUGGACAGCGACUAGUCCGUUGACGGCUGGGGAGAAGCGGCCACGUGGCAAGAAGGAGGAGGAGGGAGAGGCAAGGAUGGAUAUUCAACCUAGUGUAAGAGCCUCCCCGCGGGGAUGCCGGCGUAGGACGCAAGGCCUCACGGGCCGUUGACCUGCUGUCUCUGUGAUUUAUGGCGGCUUUGGGAGGGGGGAGGCUCCAGGCCACUGCAGACUCCUCGCUCUCUCCUCCAUCUCCUUUCACUCACAUGCUGUGCCGCCAUCUGCAGGAGGCCUACGUAUGUAUAGGAAUCUUCGGCAUGCGUGUGCAUGCAUAAAUCCAGCAACAAAAUCACUGUUCUAUGUCGUCUCUUAUACCGAAAUCAACUCUUCUCUCGACAUUCCUGCACUGCACCAAUCCCCGUCACGCGUCUGUUAGACAAAGCCCACUGUGGGAGUGUGUGUGGAUUACCAUCAGUCAUGGCGUGUCAGCUGUAGAGCCCACAGCACUGCUGCUUGGGGGGUGCGCCCAGUUAAAUCGAUGGAAGUGCGCCGAGUAACAAAGUGAUCCUGUAUUCCUGAACUGUGGUGGAACAUUCCCAGCAAAAACAAUCCCCUAAAAGCUAUAAAGGACGAGUGAGACCUAAUAGGUGAGCUCGCCAUGGUGUUGCCGCCCCCCGACAAACGCCAUGUGUGCUUAACCACCAUUGUUAUCAUGACCAGCAUGGCCUUCAUGGACGCCUACCUGGUGGAGCAGAACCAGGGUCCCAGAAAGAUCGGCGUAUGCAUUAUAGUGCUGGUCGGAGAUGUCUGUUUUCUCAUCGUGCUACGCUACGUGGCCGUGUGGGUCGGGGCCGAGGUCCGCACAGCCCGGCGAGGGUACGCCAUGAUCCUCUGGUUCCUAUACAUCUUCGUGCUGGAGAUCAAGCUCUACUUCGUAUUCCAGAAUUGCAAGGCAGACAGGAAGAGUCUGGAAACGGUAGCCCGGAAGGCAUUGACGUUACUGUUAUCGGUGUGUGUACCCGGUUUAUACUUGGUUCUCGUGGCUCUUGACAGCAUGGAAUACGUGAGGACUUUCCGCAAAAAGGAGGACAUGCGCAGCCGUUUGUUUUGGGUGGCGCUGGAUUUACUGGAUCUGCUGGACAUCCAAGCAAAUCUGUGGGAGCCUCAACGCACAGGCCUCCCAAUCUGGGCUGAGGGCUUAAUGUUCUUCUACUGCUACAUUUUGCUCCUCAUUCUCCCCUGCGUAUCACUCAGUGAGAUCAGCAUGCAGGGAGAGCACAUGACUCCCCAGAAGAUGAUGCUAUACCCGGUCCUAAGCCUGGUCACCAUCAACAUGGUCACUAUCCUGAUCCGAGGGGUCAAUAUGGUGCUCUUCCAGGACAGCCGAGUCUCCACUAUAUUUGUCGGCAAGAACGUGGUAGCAAUCGCCACCAAGGCCUCCACAUUCCUGGAGUACCGCAGGCAGGUGAAGGAGUUCCCACACCCACAAAACGCCAUGGCCAUGGAAUUGCAGCAGAACUCGGUCAGCCACACGCAAACGCUGCCCAACGCCACUACUUUGCCACAUGAACCCACACCAACGCAGGAAGUCAUUGACACAUGACCACCAAACUGCAUCACUGAACUUAACGUGAAAGCUUCACUUGAGUCUAAAGACUAAUUGUUUUAAUUGUACAAUAUGGUAUCUCGACUUACGACUUCCCCAGUUUACAUGUUUUUCCGGAUACGAGCUAUUUCUUGUUUUUAUUGUUUUUGUUUUGUAUUGCAAGGCAAAAUUUGAUUUGAACACACUUCAGAUACAUUGCUACUCAAGUGCUCAUUACACUCACAUGGCGCUGCAGUUGGCCGCAUGUAAUCAAAUUUUUAAUUUCAAUCAAGAUUUAAAUACAGCGGGGAAAAUAAGUAUUAAGUCAACCACAAAUUGUGCAAGUUCUCCCACUUGAAAAUAUUAGAGAGGCCUGUAAUUGUCAACAUGGGUAAACCUCAAACAUGGGAGAAAGAAUGUGGGAAAAAACAGAAAACCGCAUUAGUUGAUUUUUAAAGAAUUUAUUUGCUAAUCAUGGUGGAAAAUAAGUAUUUGGUCAAUACCAAUAGUUCAUCUCAAUACUUUGUUCUGUACCCUUUGUUGGCAAUAACAGAGGCCAAACGUUUUCUGUAACUCUUCACAAGCUUUUCAUACACUGUUGCUGGUAUUUUGACCCAUUCUUUCAUGCAGAACUCCUCUAGAGCAGUGAUGUUUUGGGGCUGUCGUUGGGCAACACGGACUUUCAACUCCCUCCACAGAUUUUCUAUGGAGUUGAGAUCUGGAGACUGGCUAGGCCACUCCAGGACCUUGAAAUGCUUCUUACGAAGCCACUCCUUUGUUGCCCUGACUGUGUGUUUGGGAUCAUUGUCAUGCUGAAAGACCCAGCCACGUCUCAUCUUUAAUGCCCUUGCGGAUGGAAGGAGAUUUUCACUCAAAAUCUCUCGAUACAUGGCCGCAUUCAUUCUUUCCUUUACACCAGACAUGUCCAAAGUGCGGCCUGGGGGCCAAAUGCGGCCCGUGGUCAAAUUUCAUCCGGCCCCCAGCCUCUGUCAUAAGGUCAGUAACGUCUGGCCCGCACACAGACUUAAUAAAUUGGUCAGCAGUACAUCUACCAGCAUAUGAAGUAGCUUACACACUAAAUGCUGUUCCUCAUUUACCCACUAAGAGGCAGCAGCACUCUAAGCAACAUUACCCCGUGUGAUCCUUGACUUCCAAUUUUCUAAAAUGGCGACAAUCAACAAAAAAAAAAGUUGAAUGCGACAGCUGACGCUUCAAGGAUAGGUGGAAAUUGGACUAUUUCUUCAAUAAAAUACGCAACAAUUGUGUCUGCCUCAUUUGCAAAGACACAGUCACUGUUUUUAAAUAAUUCAAUGUGAGGCGAUAUUACCAAACAAGACACGCUGACAUGUAUGACAAGAUUACAGGGAAAUUGAAGCAACUUUUGAAGCUAGUUUAAUUUCACAGCAGCAGUAUUUCACAAGAGCCAGAGAGUCGAAAGAGAAUGCUAGUUGCGAAAUUGUUGAAAUGAUUAAUUUUAAAAAGAAUAAUAAAGCAAAUGUGACACACAGAAUGGCUUGCUAAAAUUUGCUUAAAUAUAUUGUUCCGCGUAAAGGACGUCAGCCAAGGUCGGCCCCCCACAUAUUUACCACUCCAAAUCUGGCCCCCUUUGCAAAAAGUUUGGACACCCCUGCUUUACACAGAUCAGUCGUCCUGGUCCCUUUGCAGAAAAACAGCCCAAGAGCAUGAUGUUUCCACCCCCAUGCUUCACAGUGGGUAUGGUGUUCUUCAGAUGCAAUUCAGUAUUCUUUCUCCUCCAAACACGAGAACCUGUGUUUCUACCAAAAAGUUCUAUUUCGGUUUCAUCUGACCAUAACGUAUUCUUCCAGUCCUCUUCUGGAUCAUUCAAAUGCUCUGUAGUGAGCCGCAGACAGGCCUUGACGUGCACUAUCUUCAGCAGGGGGACAUGUCUGGCAGUGCAGGAUUUGAGUCCCUAGCGGCGCAUUGUGUUACUGAUAGUAGCCUUUGUAACUGUGGUCCCAGCUCUCUGUCGGUCAUUCACUAGGUCCCCCUGUGUGGUUCUGGGAUUUUUGCUCACCGUUCUGGUUCUCUUUUUGACGCCACGGUGUGAGAUCUUGCAUGGAGCCCCAGAUCGAGGGAGAUUAUCAGUGGUCUUGUAUGUCUUCCAUUUCCUAAUAAUUGCUCCCUCAGUUGAUUUCUUUACACCAAGCUUUUUACCUAUUGCAGAUUCAGUCUUCCCAGCCUGGUGCAGGUCUACUAUUUUGUCUCUGGUGUACUUCGACAGCUCUUUGGUCUUGGCCAUAGUGGAGUUUGGAGUGUGAGGUUGUGGACAGGUGUCUUUUAUACCGAUAAUGAGUUAAAACAGGUGCCAUUAAUACAGGUAACGAGUGGAGCCUCAUUAGACCUCGUAAGAAGAAGUUAGACCUCUUUGACAGCCAGAAAUCUUGCUUGCAUGUAGGUGACCAAAUACUUAUUUUCCACUCUAAUUUGGAAAUAAAUUAUUUAAAAAAAAAAAAAAAAAAUCAAACAAUGUGAUUUUCUGUUUUUUUUCCCCACAUUCUUUCUCUCAUGGUUGAGGUUUACCCAUGUUGACAAUUACAGGCCUCUCUAAUCUUUUCAAGUAGGAGAACUUGCACAAUUGGUGGUUGACUAAAUACUUAUUUGCCCCACUCUACAUGGGCUCUGCUGCACAUCUAAUCAAGCACCUUCUAACCAUUUGCCAGCCAACCACUAGAGGGAGAGUACAUGGUUAAUUAUUUUACUAAGCUAUUGAAAAAACAAGCAAACGCCUGCUGGUGAAUAAAACGAAAGAAAAAAAGUACAGGAAAAAUUGGAAAAGUGGAAUCAAAAUCGAAAAAAAUCAAAUUUUAUUGGCUGUAAUUCUCUAGGCUAGGUUCAGACCGCAUGUCUUCAUGCACAAUCCCGAUAGCACUGUACCUAGUCUGUGUGGUCCACAGUUAAUUCAUUUCUGACAGCCAAAGUUGAUAAGAAUCAAAGGUUCCUAUUGGAUUUAAUAGAAAAUGCAUGUGGCUCAUUAUUGACCCACUCAUGGAAGCUUGGAUAGUGAUUCAAAAAUUACAAUUUAUUCAAAUGUAUCAAAGGUAAAUGAAAAAUGUGAAUGGCAUUCUAUAAAAUAAAAUAAAAAAUACAUGUUUUCUGGGAAUACCUGGAAUAUGAAAUGAUAACAUUUUUUAAUUCGAAAGAUAUUUCACGAAAACAACCUCACCGGGUCAUUUUGGGCCCACUUAUGCAUCUAAGGGUUUUUAAAAAAAUAAAUAAAAAAAAAAGGAGCCUACUCCCACACCAAUUUUUUGAAAAAUAUAUGCAGUUGCCAAUCAAUCGUUGGAAUCCAGUUGCGUUAUCAAAGGUGACUUGACUUUAAGCUGUUUCAGCAAACUUUCAGUUGUUAAACUUUACACUCUUUUACAUUAUAUGUUUCAUUAUACAGGUGUUUGACAAAAUAAUGGACACACCUUUAAAAAAUCAACAAAAACUAAUUUAAUAUGGUGUAUGUCGGCCUUUUGGGGCAAUUACAGCCUCAAUUUUCCGAGGUAUUGAUUCAUACAACUUGUGAAUAGUUUCCAAAGGAAUUUUAAGCCAUUUUUCAGUUAGAAUACCCUCAAACUCUUUUAGAGACGAUGGCAGUGGAAAUCGACAUCUUAAAUGAAUCUCUAAAACAGACCAUAAUUGCUCAAUAAUGUUGAGGUCUGGGGAUUGUGCCAACCAUACGAGAUGUUCAACUUCAUUAGAAUGUUCCUCAUGCCAUUCUUUAACAAUUAUGUUCAAUGAUUAUGAUGCCAAAAUGUUAUGUGUUUCCAUUAAUUUGUCCAACCCCUGUAUUUUCCACAAUUAUUUAAAACAUGUUUCAUUAAAAAUGUUUUUGAGGGAUAGAAUAGAUAAAUGGUGCUUCAAUUCAUUUUAAAAUGUGAAAAUUCAUUUGAUAAAAAGGUGGACUGAGUUAGUUUGGUGAAGAAGUGAAAAAACUCGUAAGUCAGGGUACCACGGCAUUGUGUUUCUAACCCUUUAGAGGUUUUAAAAAGAUUGAACUAUGCUGAGAGACUCCAAACUUAGCGGACCAGGAAAUUUAUGUUGUGUAAAAAUUGGUCCUCUCCCUGUGAUCGUCUUUCAUUUUUUUAAAGGUCACUAGUACCAGCACCAAACGAGGGAACGUUUAACUUCCUGGUUUUCCCACAAUUGGGGCAAAGAGGAGCAGAUGGUGACAAACGGCCACGGCGAGCUGCUGUGCGCUGUAGUGCGGCAGGAGGUCGAUGGCGGACCCACACUCGGCCUUGUGCGUUUGUUUUGUGGAAGCUGCGGCCUCGGGCACUGUGACGCUUUGGAACUACAGAUCUGAUUAAAGUGAAGCACUACAGCAGCACUGGACCGUCCACUGCGAGCACACACACAAUUGCACACAGUGUGCAUCGCGCUGUGAGCGUGAACGUGUAAGUGCAUGCACACCAUUAUGUAUAAUGUACUGUAUGCCUGCAAGUGUGCGUGCAAACAUAGGCCUGUUUGCCACCGGGGGUUUGUUUAUUACACACCAUUUUGUAAUACAAAUGUGUUUGUGUGUAAAGUGCAAAUGAGAGAAAACUACGUGUUGAUGUCAGGAAAAAAAAUAGAGACAUUUUGUUUCUCAACUGUACAUUCCUCUAAGCAGUCUGACCUUGAAAGAAUACAAAGUAUUAACAGAAUGUUUUAUUUACAUAGAGUAUUAAAGGAAAAAAUACAUGCAACAAGUUGAACAGACUUAUUAAGUUAACUCAAUGACUGGCCAUUAACAGCAAUAGACAUCCAAUCCAUUUGGAGGGCUUCAAAUAGAUUGAACGUCUUCUAGUAACAAACUAAUUGAAAUCACAGCAGAAGGAUAAAAUGAGCCCCAUAUGUGGACGUCUAUUGUCGUCAAUGGCACUAAAAGAGUUAAUUAUGAUUUGUAAUAAUCUUGAUAUUGCUGUCGUUAUGAUUAUCCUGUACAUUUAUGGGUGAGAGGCCAAUGUUUUAAUAAAGAAAAUCUCUCAGAAUAUUGCUGCUCAUUUUUAUGUUGAUGAUAAGACUCAAAAUGAAAUUUGUCUGGCGAGAGAAUAUAUCAUAAAAUGAUUUUUUUUGUCCUCUGUAUUUGUUUGUAGGAUGCUAUUUUUGUAUCUUGCAAUAGUCCUACAUCAUCUACAUCUACAUCCAGUAUCUUGCCUAGUCCUUACAAGGACAAUAGCGUACCGCAAGAAUGGCAUUUUUAGAUCGUUACGUCGCCAUCGUAAUGCGGAAGUAGGACAUUAUAGGCACGCCCUCGCAAAAAAACCAUAUUAUUUCUGCUUGUUUUCUCUGUUAAUCUUUCAAAAAAAUAACACACCGAGCAAACACUGCUGCUAUGGAACUUGUAGAAACCACUCUAGACAUUAAGACAUAUGAAGGAUGUUUUCUUCAUACGUUUCCCGAAACCAAAAAAUCAGAGGAAGAAAUGUGAAGAAUACGGACGUCCAAAAGACCAGUUUAACGACAGCAAAGAGAAGCCAUUCACAUUUCAUAUGCAGUAAACAUUUUGUUGGGGACCAUGGUCCUUCAGAGGAUGAAGAGGUAAGCCAUUUUGAUAUUUUUACUUAUUUUUUAGCGUGGCGUUUGCCGUGCUGCUUCUGUCUGACAAUGAAUGACCUGAAAAAAAAUAAAAUGGUAUCUGACUGCCACUGUUACCUUUUCUGUGGUAAAAAAAAAAAACAAAAAAAAAAACUUUAAUAAGGGGGAAGUGUAAAUAAAUUAUAGAAUCAAGAUUUGUUAUUGAUGAAAACAUUAAGUGUUCGUUUGCUGUCACUAAGUAGCAUUUGCGAUCACUACACAAAAAUAGCAAUGUAAAUUGCCCCCAAAAACGGUCAGAGACGUGAAACAACCAGAGGAUAUAAUAUAUAAGAAAGACAGGGCAUAAGGUGGUAAAGGAUAAAUUGUUGAAACAGGAGAAUGUCAUUGUCAGUGGCAUAAGGCAAUGCACACGAGAAAAAGGUGUCGAUAAAAAAGCUAACUCUGGAUCAGGUCGGCUCGUCUUUUUCAGCCCUCAACACUCAAGCCAUCUCUUUAACUGAACAUUUGUAUGUUCUUCCACAUCUUUACCGGUGAAUUUGGCAUCAGGGAUAUCAUUUUCGGACAGAAUUGGUAAGUUUAGCUCAGUAAACAUCUCGUUCGUACACUAUUUCCAUUCAUUUACUAUUCGGGACGAACGGGAGGUUGACCCGCCUAGCCACAAUUGCUAACGUUAUGAAUAUUAAUGUGCAAAAGUGACGUGUUGCUUGCGGUACACCAUUGGUUGAUGCGUAUAGAAAAAUAAUAAUAAUAGAGCAAUUGGUAUGCAACCAGUCAAUCGUGUACAGGUACAUUGCACAGUGCAUAAAUUCAUAAGGGAAAUAUUCCAACUCGCCCACAACUUCACUGUGUACAAGACCUAUAGAAAAUGUAGCUGAAUUAUAAUACCUUAAUA